CUCGUCGCCGGCUCGGGCAAGAUGGUCUUCCUCGACAAGCUCCUGCCGCGCCUCCGGAGCGAGGGGCGCAAGGUGCUCGUCUUCUCGCAGUUCGUCCGCGUGCUCGGCCUCGUCGCCGAGCUCUGCGCGCACCGCGGCUACGACGCCGAGGCGCUCACGGGCGCGACGCCGGCCGCGGACCGCCAGCGGGCCAUCGACCGCUUCAACGCGUCGCCGGACGCGUUCGUCUUCCUGCUGUCGACGCGCGCGGGCGGCGUCGGCAUCAACCUCUGCGCCGCGGACACGGUCGUCAUCUACGACAGCGACUGGAACCCGCAGAACGACGUCCAGGCCAUGGCGCGGUGCCACCGCCUCGGCCAGACGCGCGACGUCGCCGUCUACCGCCUCGUCGCGCGCAAGUCCUUCGAGGGCCACAUGCUCGAGGCCGCGGCGCGGAAGCUCGGGCUCGAGCGGGCCGUCAUG